GAUAGCAUAUAAUGCAUUUCUCAGUUGAGUGUAAAUGAAAGCACUCGUAUGAGGAACGAAAAGGUUGUUCUGCACAAUACAACCCCACACAACUCAAAGUAUCACCCAUGUGACUGAGUACAGGGGUUAUUUCCUGGCCAACUUUUGUCAGAGGGUGGAGGAUUGUGAAAGGGUGGAGUUCAAUCAGUCCAACACACAUCAGUCAAGCGAAUUAAGAAUCGCUGUUAUCUUGUUACUCACAAAUCCCAUCAUGUCCACGGCGUUCAGGUCCUGUUUUGUGCUCAUCGGCUUCAUAUUGGCGUACAUCACUUAUUUGCUGUUGGGAGCGCUGGUUUUCUCUGCCAUCGAGCGGCCCGUCGAAGAAACACUGAAGUCAGACCUGAGCUCCCUGAAAGCUAAGUUCCUCAACCUGAGCUGCAUCAACGCCACGGCUCUUGAAGUUUUCUUGGAAGAAGUUUUAAGAGCGAAUAAAUACGGCGUGUCGGUCCUUGAAAAUGCCACACUCCGUACAAACUGGGAUUUGGCGUCUUCGCUGUUCUUUGCAAACACGAUGGUCACGACAGUGGGAUACGGCCACACUACGCCGCUCUCUGAUGUGGGUAAAGCUUUCUCCAUCGUGUAUGCUCUGAUCGGAGUGCCCUUCACCAUGCUAGUGCUCACAGCCUGUGUCCAGCGCCUCAUGCACCCUCUGACCUACGGGCCGAUCUCCAUGUGCCAGCGGAGGGCAGGCCUGCAGCCACGCGCCUCCAGUGUGGUGCACUUCAUCGUACUGCUGUUUCUGGUGGUGCUCGGCUUCUUUGUGUUGCCUGCACUGGUGUUCAGCACCAUAGAAGAAACCUGGUCUUUCUUAGACGCCUUCUACUUUUGUUUCAUCUCCCUCUGCACUAUAGGACUGGGAGACUUUGUGCCGGCAGAAAAGCCAGGACAGAGACUCAGAGCUUUGUACAAGAUAUCAGUCAUGGUCUACCUGUUUGUGGGUUUGAUGAUCAUGUUCCUGGUCCUUCGUACUUUCCACAAGCUUGCAGAUGUGCACGGCUGGACUGCUUUCUUCCAGCUGCCGAGCUGCGAGGAGGAAGAUGAGGAUAAAGAGCCAAUAAUAGAGCGAGAGCCUGAUGAUGAAUCGCCCGAGGCAGAGAAGGACUCAAUUAAUCCUCUGGAUCCCAGCUCUCAAGUGUCCUACAACUCCAUCAAUAGUUAAAACACCAGUUUGCUCCACAUUCUGAUGAGGUCACUUACUUUCACAGUGUCCUGCACAAUUGUCUGGACAUGUAACACCAACACGUUGCAGUUUAAGGUCAAGACAAUCGAGAUGUGCAAUACAGUACACCUCACUGUUGGACAGAACCGCUUCUGAUGCUUUGUAGGAGCAAAGCAUCUGGGAAGAACAUUUUCACUAAUUCGGUUUCUGUUGAGUUGCCAAAUCUGAUCUUUAAGACUAUAGGGGAUAUUGACAUUGCUUUAGGAAAUUGAAAACUUGCUCAUUGUGUCCUAAGUGUGAAUCAUCUUUAGUGUUGUUUUGUGUAGGAUUCGUAACUGAUGACUGUUUUCAGAUCAUUAAGUGACUAUUUUUUUUGUUGCAUGGACUAAGACCGCUCUGGACCACAGAAACAGGAAGAGAAUGCUGCUGCUUGCACC